GCAAAGCGCUUCCGGGGCAAGCAGCGGCGGUCACCGAGAAGGAGGGGAAGGACGCCUUCCGGUGGAGCUGCGCCCUGAUUGGGCGGCGGGGGAGGGGCUUCCGGCGCUGCUGGCCUCAGCGCCUGGGGACGAGGGUGGCGGUCAGUGAAGCCUGGAAGCAUGGCGGGCCGCAGAGCUGCCAUCAAGGCCAUUGACUGGGCGGCCUUUGCCGAGAGGGUGCCUCCAAACCAGAGGGCCAUGUUCAACGCCCUGAAGACCCGCAGCGAUGCGCUGUCGGCCCGGUUGGCCGCCCUGCCAGAGAAACCCCCGACCAUCGACUGGGCUUACUACAAGGCUACAGUUGCUAAAGCUGGCAUGGUGGAUGAGUUUCAGAAGAAGUUCAGUGCACUAAAGGUUCCUGAGCCAGUGGAUACACAAACUGCCAAAAUUGAUGCCCAAGAGCAGGAAGCUGCAAAGAGCAGUGCUGAAUAUGUGCAGGCUUCCAAAGCUCGUAUUGCCCAGUAUGAGCAACAACUUCAGAAGUUCAGAAGCAUGAUUCCCUUUGAACAGAUGACACUUGAAGACUUGCAUGAAGCCUUCCCUGAAACCAGACUGGACAAGGAGAAAUAUCCAUACUGGCCCCACAAACCGAUUGCUGAUCUGUAAACUUGUCUGGAAGCAGUUUGUCUUAACAACUGUCAGACUCUAUCAUCUUUUAAAUAAAGUACUUUCCCUCCUGUCUGUGGCUUAGAUCUUAGACAUGAGGUUGCAAGGUUUUCAGAAAUGUGGAACAAUACAGUAACUUGCAAACA